GUGAGCAAUUUGUGCCGAGCUGUAGAUGUGAAAACAUCGCUUUCCCAUGAACAAGAUCCUUUCGUUACACCCAGUGAUCGACGACAAUCCGACUCCCAGGGAUCAACAUGCCCAGCAAUACUACGGUGGAGCUGUGGACGCUGUAUUUUUUCGGCGUCUUAAUCACCCUUCUUCGAACCUAUGCUAGAAUAUCCGCUGUUGGUUAUCGAGAGCUUCGCGCUGACGACUACCUGAUCUGGCUCGCUAUUCUCAUCUACACGGCGCAAACCACUCUUGGAUACCAUGUAGGAAUCGUUGCUCACGGUAUCGCGAACAACGGCAUGACGGAUACUCAACGGAGCACGCUCUCGCAAGACGAUCCAGAAUACGCGUGGAGAGUCAUCGGUUCCAAGAUCCAACUGGCGGGCUGGACAGUGGCAGCAUGCUUGCUCUGGACGCUCAAGCUGUGUGUGACAUUUUUCUACUUCCGGCUCACCAUCGCGCAGAAUGGCCUUGGGACAUACCAGAAGCGUAUACACAUCGCAAUGGUCCUCAUCGCGACUUCCUUUGUGGCCGUUGUCAUGACCAUCUUCCUCUCGUGUAGGCCUUUCAAUCACUACUGGCAGGUGUCUCCUGAUCCAGGAAACUCUUGCCAGCCGGCCAUCUCUAAGCCUAUCCUCUGGGUCUCAUUCGUUUUGAAUGUGUCUACCGAUAUCUUCCUCUUCUUCAUACCCGUUCCCAUGCUGUGGAAGUCAAGUUUGCGGCUCUACAAGAAGAUGGCCGCAACAUCUGUGCUUUCUGCUGGUCUUCUCAUCAUCAUUUGCGCGACCCUGAAAAGUAUCUAUGUCAUCGUUGAUCCCGUCAACGGCGGACAGCUGGCAGCCGAAUGGGGUACCAGAGAGACCUUCAUCGCAGUCGUCACGACGAACCUUCCUAUGAUCUUCCCGCUAUUCAAAGUCUGGCUUGCUCCUCUCCUGCCAAGCACUUUCCGCUCUAGUAGCAACAAAGCGUAUAAAACACCAGGAAGCGGAUUCGUAACUAUUGGUGGUGGCGGAGCGUCGAGUCAUGCUAGAAAGACUCCGCGGAAUGGGACCUUGAUCACAGCAAACAUGACCUUCGACAACGAAAGCGAGGAACGGAUUGUCAAGGAAAGUAGCGACAUAAAGAUGCAACAUCUGAACAGUCCAGCUGGCACACAACGACCGCAAGGUGCGAUUGUUGUGUCCAAGCAAGUCUCUGUCACGAGCGAGGAGCUCGGGAACGAACAUAGUGUUCGUUAGGCUUGAACACUAACACAAUUCAUAUCCAACGAACAAGAUUCCGCGAAAUGUAAUCGUGAAUAAGAGAAAAGUCUCGCUGUGGAAAAGUGAGGGUGUCG